AUGAAAGGAGAGGACAUCCCUACGUUCGUAUCUGGUUCCCGCCUGCGUAUGCUCUGCAUUACGGGUCUACUUAUUUCCAUCUAUUCGAUGUACGUUAAGUUACAACUGGAUAGAGAUGCCAACUACACGGCCAUGUGUGAUUUGGCCGAAAAAGUGAGCUGUACUGCUGUUUUCAAAUCCGACUAUGGACGUGGGUUUGGACUUACUCAACUAAUUUUUGGUGCGUCAUCUACAUAUCUGAAUCCCCCGAAUGGUAUCAUAGGCAUUGUAUUCUACUCGUUGCUCUUCGUUUCUUCAUUCUAUGAGAACCGAUGGCUUUGCAUUUUCCAACUUAUGGCUGCCUUUGUCACUCUACUACUGUGCGUCUAUCUGGGCGGCCUCUUGCUAUUUGUGUUGUGCGAAUGUUGUGUGGUUUGUUUGCUCAUCUAUGUGCUGCACACAGCACUCUUCCUCGAGGUGCGCGGACGUUACAAGCGUUUGUAUGCCGCCAAGGCUCCAGUGGGCAACUAA